AUGUCCGCAGAGCUACUGCUGCGGUGCAAGAAGGGGCACGCCGUCAAAGAGCUAAAGGAGAGUGAUAAACGAUGGAACCCGUUCUUGCACACUGUAUGCAGCGUUUGCGGCGGGAGCAUUGCAAGCCAGACUGCACGGUGGUCUUGCGAACACCACUGCAGCACAGUCUGCGAUGCUUGUGUGAUGCAGCAAUUCCAGAUGCUUCUCGUCGAAUUGCAGCAAAGCUCUCUGCAUGUCGCACACAAUGGCGGUCCGGCGGUCGUCAAAGAGGUCGAGGCCAUCCCGUGGGAGCUACGUGGGACCAAGGAAUUCAACCAGCUGCGGAAGCUGUUGCAGCAGGACUCGAAGCCUUUCCCUCAUGCCUUCGGAAUUGUGCUCGAGGGCGCAGUCAACGUUCCGGAGCUUUGCAGAAGAAGGCGUUCAACCGGCCCUCGUGCUUCCGCGACCAUCCUGGCUCCAGCAGCAGCUGCUGGCGCUUUUUGCGGAGGGCCUGGGGCUGUCGUUGGAUUGGCGGUGGGAGCAACUGCAUACGGCGUGUCGCGGGGAGCAAUGGAGGCCAAGUAUCCGGAUGGCUUCUGCGAUCCUGUGGUCCUGGUCGAGGUCUUGGACAAAGACGGAGAGACUUUGGCGGCGGCCAGGUCCCACAUGGCCACCAAGACCAGAAACCCAGUUUGGCACCAAACCUUGAGCCUGCCAUGUGCACGCGACAUGCAGUUGGCACAACAGCAGGGGUGCUCGUGGCGCAAACAUCGGAAGAGUGUCAAGCUGGCUGCAGCUCAAAAUGUGCCUCCAGAUCAGUGGGAUGUUGCCAGCACAACUGUCCGUGUGACACUCUAUGACAAGAGUGUCGGACCCAUGGACCAGACGAUCGGGGAAGUGGCGAUUCCGCUGACGCAGCUUCUCGAGGAUUCCCAGGCCACGUACCUGGUCAGCGACGCGUGGCACGAAGCAGUCUUGGGAACUCAGCAGCCGCACUUGCCCUGCAAAGUUUCCUUGUCAGUCGUUCAAGAGUCUUUGCCUAAAAACUGGCCGGUGGCACAGGCAAAGAACGAUCAGGGGCAAAGGUACCCGAUGCAUGUGUUCAUGAUGACGCGCGGCACUCGCGGAGAUGUGCAGCCCUUUGUGGCACUGGCACGAGGGCUGGCCGAGCGGCUGGGCUGGCUGGUCACAAUCUGCACGGAACAGAGCCAUGCAGCCUUCGUAAGAAAGCACUCGGACGUGACUAGCGGCAAGAUUAGAUUUCGGCCGAGUGGUGGGAACACUGAGGCAAGAAUGGACAGCGUGGGCGCGCAUUUCUUGCUCACACAUCGUGCAGAAUUCUUGCAGAUGAUCGCCCUGUCAAGAUCAGAAGCCGAGUUCUUCUCCAGUGCUACGGUCUUCGUCGAUUAUGUCAAGGCUAUGGAGGCUGAGCCCAAGCCCGUGGAUCUCAUCAUGUUUGGCUUCACACUGGCGGGAGUCGCCGCACUGGUCGGCGAGCACUGCCAGAAGCCAGUGGUAGGCUUUAUUUUGCAGCCAAGCUGCAUACCGAGCAAGGAUGAGGACUGGAAGGCAGUGCAGCCCAUCCAUAGCCCGGACGGUAAAAGCCUUCUCGACACUGUCGACGAGAUGGCGUUUACGUCCCACAACUCCUUAAAGCUAUUGAAGGACCUUGCGGAAAAGAACCCUUUUGCAUCUUUGAAUUUGAAUCAUCUCCGCAAGCUCUUCGGUCUUGGCCCGACGGACACAUGGCAGGCUUACAACCAGGCGCGGGUGCCGAUCAUCAUCCCAAUGCCGGCGGGCACGUUUCAGCGGCCUCAGGACUGGCCUGACAACAUUAUCCAGACGGACUUCAUUUUCCUGCGGAACCAGGCCGGUACGGGCAGGAAAUCGUUGGGUGAAGUUGGCGACUUUGUCGAGGCCGCAAGGCAGGAAGGGAAGAAGCUUUGCCUUAUCACCUUCAGCAGCAUGCCUGUUCCCCGCCGUACAUUGCUUCGAAUCAUUGUCAAGAUGCUGAGUGAAGCCAACUUCCCGGUCGCCGUGAUCUACGUCGGGCGCAUCGAUGAAGGGCCUGAAGACCUUGAAAAUGCAGCUCGCCAGUUCAAAGAGACCGGUCGCUUCUUUGAAGCACGAGCUGUGGACUUUGGCCUUCUGUUUCCCGAGAUGGAUUGCUUUGUAGUUCAUGGUGGGCUUGGGACAACCGUCGAGGCGUUGCGAACCAGAAAGCCAUGCUGUGUCACAGGGCCAUUGCUCAUGGAUCAACGCUUCUGGGGCUAUGUCUGUCAUGAAAAAGGUGUUGGUCCGAAGCCAGUGUUCAUCGCGGACUUCGAGAAGCAUUGUGUGGAUUUCGUGAACAAUGCGGUGAACCCUGAAGAUCCGGAGCGUUGGCAAGCAAACGCUCGCGAUUCUGAUUGGGGGAAAGUGCAAGAUGAUGGCGUUCAAGCAAACGUGGACUGCAUCCAGGGAUUGCUUUCGGAACUGGAGCCCUUAGUGACCAGAAGCGAGGUGCAGGACGAUUCUUGGAUGAUGCAGAAAUCAUGGCUUUGCUGCAGCUCUGGUCGUGUCACUGAGCCUGACGCGCCCGAAGAGACAUCGGCGGAGGAUGCAUCCUCAAGACAGACACGCAGGUGUGCCGCCUGUGUGCGCACAGGCUCCACGAGCUCUGCAGGCCCAGAGACUUUGUGCCCUGCAGCUCGGCUGUAG